CAAGACAGCGACUUCGACCACGAGAUAAAGCUCGUGGACCACGACAACGACGAGAGUCCCCUUAGACCGCCGUCUGCAGGCCCGUCGUCUCCACAGCACGAUUCUCCAGCGUCUGACGCCUCAGUCCCUCCAGCGCCCGAUGGAGACGGGCGUUCGGACCGGCAGGCGGGGGAGGAGGAAGAGACCGGACAGCCCUCUAUCCAGGUGGAUGGUGAGUGUGCAAUCUGUGCUUCGCCUAUUACUGGAAACGUGACGAUGCUGAAACGCACCAGAGCCUACGCCACAAAUAGAAACUAGCCGUCCGGAGUCUGGAAUGCCGGCCGGAAAGAGCAGCAGGAGCAGGCCUCAGUCCCCCGAGCCGACGAUCGAUAUCCUGUACGAGAACCAGAGGGGUUGUUUUCUGUGCGGAAUGGCGCUCUUCUCUUCGAGAGCGCUCGGUAACCUCGACCCACCUGCGUGGACCAACUACGCCCACAAGCCCAGCCCGACCGAUAUACAGACGGCGCAGGUGCCCGAUCCCAGCUGGGAAUGGGCUUGGCCCGAGUGGCGCAUCAACCACGACGAGGGCGUGGACGAGGACGGUUGGGAGUAUUCAUUUGCUUUCUCCAAGAAGUUCUCGUGGCACAAGGCGCGGUGGUGGAACUCGUUUGUUCGCCGGCGAGCGUGGAUCAGGAAGCGCGUGAAGAAGAACACCGGCUACCUCGCGCAGGACCCGCACAUGCUCACCCCCGAGUACUUCACGGUCCGGCCAUCUUCGGAGGCUGUCCGCCACCGCAGCCCCAGCCGGGCUAGCAGUCCCCGCGGCAGCAGGUUAAGCACCAGCACAGCCAACGGCGAAGGCGCCGAGCAACCGGUCAUCAAGCAGGCCGACGAGCUCCUGCGCGUCCUCCGCCUGUCCCGCAUCGACAGGGAGAAAAUUGAAGCAGUCGAGAACUACCUCGAAAACGCGCAGGAUGACUUGGAGGGCCUGCAGACGAUCAUGCACGAGAUCAUGGCCCUUUUUGUGUUCCAGGCAUCGCGCCGGGUGCUUCUGAGCCGGUUGACCGAGGUGUAUGACAAGGAGGCAGCGGCGGAACAGGGGCAGGUGGCGGCCGGAGAUGCGUCCCGGGAGCGCAGGGUACGGAACCUCGACGCGGCCGUCAAGCACGCAGACGAAGAGGUGAGACGGCUGGAAUACUGGAGCGACGUGAAGGGGAUGGCGGGGGAGGGAGAAUCCAAAGGGGCGGUGGACCUGAAGCAGGGUUGGGAUGAUGUCGCCUGGCAGGGGGUCGACAAAUCCGGGCCCUCGGCGCCGCCGGCUCCAGCAGGGCAGCAGGGGCGUCAGACCAGCGACCAGGCAGGGGAUGGCUGAUAUCAUUGUCCUUCGUCUUGUCUGUCUUUCUCUUUUUUUCCUUGGUCUCCACCGUGCUCUCCUUGAAGGCCCUUGGGUCAGAAGAAGAUACCCGUUUGAGUUUCUCAGAAUGGUAUUUUUACAGUAUCUCUCGGCUCUAUGAGAGG